AUGGGAAGAGUUCCAGUUGAAACCCCUCCCCAAUACCCUCCCCAGCCACAGCCACAGCCACAGCCACAGCCUAUUUUUCAUCAAAACGUGUAUUACCAGCCGGGCGUUAAUGGUCAGCAACCAGUUGGUAAUUAUGUUAAUGGAGGAGUGCCACAAGUACACCCUCAAAGCAGCCCUGUCCUGACGUCUAUGCCCACUAACUUCCAAUCCCAAAACAUUAACCCACCAACUGGGUUUACUCCCAUGCAGCGCGCUGCAGUUGGCACCAUCCCUUCAGCCACAUUUAAUGGGGCUAACUUCACAAACACGGUGCCUUGGACGACUGGGCUCUUCGAUUGCAACCAAGAUCCACAAAAUGCUUUCAUCACAGCCUUUUUCCCUUGCAUAACUUUCGGGCAGAUUGCAGAUGUUUUGGACAGUGGACAUACAACUUGUGUUACAAGUGGAAUAAUAUACGCGUCGGCACCUUGUUUGCUGUCACGGCCGUACAGGACAAAAUUGCGCCAAAGAUUUGGGUUAAUAGAGGCCCCCGCCGCAGAUUGGAUUGUGCAUACCAUGUUUGAACCUUGUGCUCUCUGUCAAGAAUACCGCGAGCUCGUGAACCGUGGCAUUGACCCUGCUCUAGGAUAUCAUGGAAAUUUGAACAAAAAUCAAGCUGAUCAACAAGGUGGUGCUACCAUGAUGAUACCACCCAAGAAUCAAAUGAUGAACUGAAGAUGAGCGAGCUUACAGGGUUGCUACUAUGGCAGUUGUUUUAAUUUAUACACAUGAGAGUGCUAAUUAACUUUGUAUUCCCGUGAAAAAAAUUGUCUUUAUGUAAUUAGUCUGCUAAUUAACUUCUGUAGUUCUCUAU